AUACAUUUAAACAAAAUCUCCUUCUUCAAAAAAUGACUUCUAAUAAAGAUAGGAACAAACUGGAUCCACUUGUACCCUCUAGAAUUACUGCACCUUCGGCUCUGAGACAUGAUCCAACUUCAAUAGAAAAUAAAGAUCUUGAAUCGAACCCACCUACACCUAAUAUCCAAGAAUCUUUUCAAAAAACACUUUCGAAUGGAGCUUCAGAUGAGUUUAAGCAAAAUCUCGUCCUUGGAAGAAUGACUACUGAUAAAGAUAGAAACAGAGUGGAUACACUUGCCACCUCUAGACUUGUUAGACCUUUAGCUCUGAGAUAUAUUCCAAGUUCAAGAAACAAUGAGGCUCUCAAUUUGAGUAGACCUAGACCUAAUAUUCAAGAACCUUCUCAACAAACACGUUUAAACGACGCAUCAGAUAAUUUUAAAUUGAACCUUCUCCUUGGAAGAAUGACUACUAAUAAAGAUAGAAACAGAUUGGAUCCACUUGCCCACUCUAGAAUGAAUACCCCUUUGGCUGCAAGACAUAAUCAACCAGCAGAAGCAAAUGCUAAAUUGCCUAGAGUCCGAACUGUCACUUUAGAACCUUCUAAAAAAAUGAGUUUACCAGAAGCAUCAAGUUUAAAAAAACUUGUCAUCAAAAGAAAGCCUUUGAAAAAUUAUGGUGAAAGGCACCCUGCAUCUCAAUUAAGUGAUGUCUCUAUUGCUGUUCGUGAUUUUCGCCAACACUCCAAUGAUGGAGAAUCUUUGGCUGCAGAAAGUUUCAGAAAUAUGUAUUCUGAUAGUGGAGAUUCGAAUAUACCAAUAAAGAAGCCAUCAAGACGAUCGACAAGAAAGCCGACCUAAGAAGGUAGCAGUAUUCUUUAUAUUCCAGAUACAUUGAAACUCUUCUAUAGCGCCAAAUUUGGAGCUGAUGGUAGGUGGGAACUAACUCAUUAUAGCCCGCUGCGCCUUUGUUUGUUCACGCCUGAGUGAUCGCCUGGGUAACAACCACAGACCCCGCACAGCUCUCGUUUUACCUACCUGUGGCGCAGCGUCAAUUCUCGGAAGGGCUAUAGAAGGGUGGGCUAUUAAAGGGUUUUACUGUAUUUCAGAUACCCCCCCCCCCCAGUUUUCACUUCAUGAGGAAGAAAAUCCGUCAUUUUUCCGAAAUCCGAAGAUUAAUACGUGCCACCGGGCACUUCAAAAUCCCAUUUAAUUAACAUGGGGAAAUUUGGAAUUUUUGAAAAAUUGAACUCAUGUUCCAGGGUUUAAUCGAAACGUGCCAAACUUUUUCGGGAUUAAAGAAGAGUAUCUACAAAGUAAAACUAUAAUAAUAACUUUUAUUUCCAAUUGUACCCUCACCCUUAUCGCAGCGCUCCAAAUAUGAUCAAAAAACAAAAACCUAAAUUUCUACGUAUUAUUGUUACUUUUUAGCAAUUUUCAUCGUCUUUAUAAUACACAUAAUUAUUAAUAGGCAAC